CGGAGCAUGUCCCAGUAGCGCAUAGACAAUUACUUUCAAAUAUUUAUUAAAAAAAAAAACUGUGUGUGUGAAUGCAAGUAUGGGUGCGGCAGAACCGCUGCGGUGGGCGCUUUUCACGCUCUUUUGCAACUGUUUUACGCACGGCUUUCCUCCGCCACCUUCCUACGAUCCGUUCCACGCCGCCGGAGUGGUGCACAGACACAGGAACAGGAACUGGUGCGCCUACGUAGUGCACAAGAAUGUCACCUGCGCCGUGCAGGGCAGCGUGGAGAGCUUCCAGGAGCCCGUGGUGGCCCCCUGCCCGCCCUACGUUACCAACUGCCCCCACGAAGUCACAUACAAAACCCGGUUCCGGCCCACAUACAAGAUUGCCCACAAAACGGUCACAGAAUUGGAGUGGCGGUGCUGUCCGGGCUACCAAGGACCCAGCUGUAGAGAUUUGAAACCCACUCCAGAACGUCAGAUUGUGCAAGGGACUCAGCCCUACGGCCCGUCAAAUACUGGAUAUCCAAACAGACACGUACAGAGGCCUGAGCGCAGGGAGACGGGUCACCAUGAGACAAAUGACAAAGUGCACCUUCUGGAAAAUGAAGUUCAGCGCCUCUCCCAGACAGUCCUGGACCUGCAGUCCGCCUUAAAAGAGAUAACCACCAACUUGCGCGCAGACCUGCAGGAGGACACUAAAAAUAUGUUGGUGACCCUCUUCAACAACAUGCAGCCUCCAGACAGUGCAGUGGUCCCAGGCCCUGAGGACAGUCCUGCCGUCCUGGAUGGCCACCAGGCGUCCAGAGGCGGGAUAGCCGGAGACAAAGUCCUAGAGAAACUCGAAGGCCGCUUAGAUGAUAUCAACGAUGCCCUCAAAAGCAAGGAGGAGACACUAGAAGACCUGCGAGGGAUGAUAACAAGUCACGAGGGGCAGAUUCGUGUCCUGAUGGACGCCUCGCAAUCGCAGACUCCGGCCAUGAUGGAGCUCGACGUUGUGCAGAGCUACGUCGACGGGAAAGUGGAAAAGCUGAAGAACGAACUGGACCAGACUAUGAAGGAACAGUUGGACAAGAUACAAGCUGCAUGUAGCAGCAAGAUCCAGACCUUGCAGAAGACCUGCGAGGACAGCCGCGACCAAGGUUUGGACAGCCUGACCAAACUGGUGGACGACAAGGAGGCCGAUCUAAGGAAAGAGAUCCGGGCUCUGCGGGUGGACAUGACAGCCGCGGACGGCCCGUCACGAACACAGCGCCAGACGGACCCGAUGAAGGAGGAGAAGGACCAUAGCGACCAUAAAGACUUGUGGAUCGAGAUCGACCGCAUCACAGAAGCUUACCGCAUCCUGAAUGCUCGUAUCGACAACGAGCUGAUACACUUGUCUGAACCCCGGGAGGACAACAAUGACUUGAGUCCACUGAUGGAAGAAUUGGAGGCCCGCUUAAAUAUUACGGAACAAAAUGCGGAGACUCACUGCUUCUACAUAGAAGAGAAACUGACGCGAAUCAUCACGGAAGAAGUGGCGUCGCUGAGGCAAGUUCUAGACGAGCGUCUGAACACCAUGGAGGACCAGUUUACCAGCAUGCUGGUGGAGAUGAGCAACAACUCCUUCCCAGGGAUGUUCGGCCAUUCCAUGGAUAACGUGCAGGUCCAAGUCAACAAUAAUAAGUUCCUCCUCCAGGGUUUAGAUGACAAGAUCAACGCCGUCGGUGAGUUGUGUUCUGCAGGGUGCUCGGGCUCAGAAGCUGCAGCGGUUGAAGGAAGUUCACCUAAGGGCCUGGAAAUCAUUUGGAAGGAUCUCCGUCGCUACAGGAAUGACCUGGAUGCCCUUCACACAGAUGUUGAGGCGAAUACAGACAAGCUCCAGCAGUUGUUGGAAGGCGUCGAAAGAGAAUCAGCGGAGACCGAGAAACAGUCCAGAAACAUGGAUAACUUACAGAAGGGGCUGACGAAAGUCCAAGAUAAUUUUGUGGGACUGGCCGGAGCAGUCACUGGAUUGAGUGACUCCUUGAGCAAGUACAACCAGGAUAUGGUUAAAAUAAACUCAACAUGCUGCCAGGCCGGGGAAAGCAGUCCAGGGAGGCCGGUCCUUGGCGGCCAACCUGACGCGAACGCCCGCCACGUGGAGGAGCUGAGGAACCGAAUUGAAGCACUGGGCCAACAGGUGUCGGCUGAUGUGAGUCAGCGUCAACGUGUGGAAGGACGGGUGACCAUACUCGAGAAGGUGUGCAACAGGUUAGACGGGAUCCCCACUCACAUCGAAGAACUGAAGGGUAGCUUGGAGAGAAUGAACACCACCUGCAGACGUCACACCGCCGACAUCACUGAACUGCACAACUCCUUGCGGCGGUUCCAGACGCAGCUUUCUACCAUGGCCAGACAGGUCUCCAAAGAUGUGGCUGCCAAGGAUCCAGGAGUUCUCCUGAGACCAGAACCACCAGCAUCCUCUCCGGAUCCGAGCAGAGGCCGAGUUCACCAAAUCCACAUCCCCCUCAUCAUCCCUCCGCCCAGGCAGCCCGCGAGGACGGCCCCCCGCAGUCAGCCGGCCACCCCCCAGUGGCCCGGAAGCCACGGCGCCCCCGAGAUGCCCGGCAAGCCCGUGGUUGAGUCGGGCGAGGCGGGACCGCCCGGGUACGUGCGCAGAGUGACGGUGAGGAGGGGCUCCGAGAACUCAGCCGGCCCGCCCAUCACUGGGUUUGCAGGAGCACCAGGAUAUCCUCCCGUGCAGCCAGUAUCCUUCAAACCCGAGAGGAACCCCCCUACAGGUCCGCUGGCCGCUAAAGUACCCUGGAACCCAUCGCACAGAGCUCCAGUUGAAUCGCUCGGCGUUCCGGUGGAGCGCAUCGCCUUGGCCGAACCGUUCUCUUUCUCGGCCGGCCUCACCCUGCAACCUUUCUCGGGGGAGUUUGGCAUCAUUCGCUUCGACAAGGUUCUGCUCAAUGACGGCGGCCACUACAGUCCUCACACAGGACUGUUCACGGUCCCGCAAGACGGCCGCUACCUGGUCUCCGGCCUCCUGACGGCACAGCGCGGCGAGUCCGCGGAGGCGGUCUUGUCCGUGUCCCAGCGCAGCAUCCAGAGGCUGCGGACCUCGUCGGCGUCCGCCCGGGACGCCUGCGGCUGCGGCGGCUCCGUCUCCUUCAGCCUCGUCGUCCCCCUGAGGCGAGGCGAUCGCGUGGGCCUGCUGAGGACGGCGGGCCGGCUGGCCACCGCCGAGGCCCGGGAGGUCUUCUCCACCUUCAGCGCCCUCUUCCUGUACGGACCCCCGGCCCAGCGAAGAUAGCUGACGCUCAAAGACUGGAAUUACGAACUGUGUGCAUACAAAACAAACUCCUUUCUUAAUAUAUUUCACACUCAUUGUAUCGCCCAUUGUAAAUGUGGAAGUCGGCAUAAUUUAACUCAUAAUCUGUGACACGUGACAGCAAUAAAUAGUCAUAUAUAAAAUCAACGUGCAGGAAAAAAAUUAACUGGCAUAAGUACUUUAAAAUUCUGAGUUACAUUCUGCCACGAGGCAAAAUUGACAUUUUUGGGUGUGUACAGGCGACAGUAACAAGCCAAGAGACGCUACGAUGUAAUAAUUAUUAUACAUACUGUGGUCAUUAUUUUGCCAUGGAAAUAAAAAAGUUCAGACUUUUUUUUUUUUUUGCCACAUUA